CUGGCAUGCGCCCUUUCUACCUGCUGGAGAGAUCACAUCAAGAGACCCAUGAACGCCUUCAUGGUGUGGUCCCGUGGACAGAGGAGGAAAAUGGCACAGGACAAUCCCAAAAUGCACAACUCGGAGAUCAGCAAAAGGCUGGGAGCCGAGUGGAAACUGCUCUCCGAGUCCGAGAAGAGACCCUACAUCGACGAGGCCAAGAGGCUGAGGGCGCAGCACAUGAAGGAGCAUCCCGACUACAAGUACCGACCGAGGCGCAAACCCAAGAACCUCCUCAAGAAGGACAGGUACGUCUUCCCUCUGCCCUACCUGGGGGACACGGACCACCUCAAGGGCUUUUCCGCGGACUCUCUGCUGGCCUCCUCAGACAAAGCCCGAGCCUUCCUGCCCCCCACGUCCACCCCCUACUCCUUCCUCGACCCCAGCCAGUUCAGCUCCAGCGCCAUCCAGAAGAUGACCGAGAUGCCGCACGCCCUGACCACCAGCACCCUGCCCUACGCCUCCUCGUUGGGAUACCAGAACGGCGCCUUCGGCAGCCUGAGCUGCCCCAGCCAGCACACCCACACCCACCCGUCCCCCACAAAUCCGGGCUACGUGGUGCCCUGUAACUGCACCGCCUGGUCCGCCUCCAGUUUACAGCCCCCGGUGGCCUACAUACUGUUCCCAGGUAUGACCAAGUCAGGAAUAGACCCGUACUCCACCGCGCACGCCACUGCCAUGUAACCCAGCCGAUGCACAAAGUUUAACAUUUAAACAUUAAAAAAAAAAUUAAAAAUAGAACAAAACUGACUCAUUUUGCAAACUUGAAUACAGCAAGAUGCAUGAGAAUAGGAACGGUGCGACAAAAACAAAUCUGAACAGAAAUCUGGGGAAGCAUGGGACUUCUGUUUUCAAGAAAAAAGAAAGAAAAUAAUUUAAAAAAAAAAUACAAAACAAGACGACAGAGGAACUCUUUAUGACUCCAAACAGGACGCAUCUUCUAAGACUCCAUCAAGGAAGUUGGAAUAGCCCUGAGGCAGGUGCCCUGUGAACUGUAAGACUUUGUAAAUGUUAAAACCUUUAUUGAUG